UGUGCUAAAUUAUGUCUUCUUCUAUAGACAAAAAGGAUCCUUUACAAAUACAUCGUAAACCAUCACUUCGCCAAGAAUUUGCUGUUGUAAACUUUAUACAGAAGCAUCCAUUAUUAGUCCAAACUAAACAAUUAAAAAUUCUGAAUCGUGGAAAAGUCUACAAGUUAUGGAUUGAAGUGGCUAAGGAGGUAAAUUCAAUAGAAGGUGUUGAAAAAUCUCCUACAGGCUGGCUGAAAUACUGGAUUGAUAAAAGAAGGUAUGUCUCAGUGAAGCAUAAACAAAUUCAAAGUGGAGUGCCAAACCUUAAAUUAUCCCCACUAGAAAAAAAGAUUUUAAAAUUGUGCUUAUAUGAAAAAAAAAAUCAUAUUGAGCAAAUUAAUCAUGAGCUGACAGAUGAUUGUGAGGUCACACAGCACAAGGAAGAUGACAAUGAUGAAAAUUAUGAAGAGAAUUAUAGCAGUGAAUAUAAUGGCACAAUACAAAACAAUUCUUUUAAAAGUGAUGAUAACGAUGUGAAAAAAAUGCUUGAAGUCAUGGUGAAUGUGAUGGAAAAGCAAUCAACAGCAUUUGCACAGAUGGCACAGACAUGGGUCACACACUCAAGUGCUUUGGAAAGGCUAGCAGAAGCAUCUGGUCAACAGGCUGUUGCGGUGAAUAGGUUGGCAAAUUCAAUUGAGUCUAUCGGAGAAUCAUUGUCUGAUAUGAAGAGUACAUUUGUAAGCAUUGACGAUGUCAUUCGAAGAAGUCUUCUACCAGAAGAACAAACAUAUAUUGUCUCAGAUGUAAUUACUUUAUAGAUUAUUCUCAUAGCAAUAUUCUCUUCUAUUUUUGUUACAAAAGAUUUGACCUUAGUGUUUUUUUAAGUAAAAAAU